AUGAACACAGACUAUUGGCAACUCUCAGGCGCCUUCGGCCUCUGGGUCCGCGCCGGCAUCCGAAUCCUCCAAUUCGCCUUCGCCAUCGUCACGAUAGGCCUCUACGCCGCCACCCUCGGCUCCUGGAAUACCCUCCCGACGCAAAACCUCGGCAGGACAAACUGGAUCUUUGCCCUCGUCCCGGCCGUCCUCUCGGCGCUGACGUGCGCCUACCACGUCUUCGCAACAGUCACGCACGCCGCAUGGUCCGUAUGGGAUUGUGGGCUGGCCGUCCUAUGGGCCGCGCUAUGUGGUCUGUCCUCGUCUAUCGUCGUGGGCAGCAAAGGGAAGGGUGAUGUCUCGGGCGAUGUCAAGUCGAGACUUGCUGCUGGGGCUUGGAUCGCGGGGAUUAGCAUGCUGUUGUGGCUGUUGAGCUCCAUUCACGGGUGUGCGUACUGUUGCGCGUCGAGGAAGAUGAAGAGGACGGUGAAGAAGCAGGAGACGGAAGGAGAUAAGCUUGAAUUGUAG